AGAAAUAAUAGUUUCGUCUCAAAAAAUAAAAUUUCAUCAAAAGUCAAGGGAAAGGAGCUCGCGAUGACGAAACUUUCUGGGAAAGUUUAAGUAGCUCUAAAAUUAAGAAAAUCGGAUACAACAUUGAACAAAGCAUCGCAAGCGGACCUUUGACGAAGAGUACGCGUCAAUAGGCGACAGAGGAUAUUUUCUCUUCUCACCUUCCUAGUUCCUAACACAAUUAACUACAACAGUACUGAAAUCGAAUUAGUUCGUAUCGGAUGCUGCUUAAUUUCGCUAGCCUGGCAGCUACAUCGAUAGCUACUGCAGUUUUCCCGGAGUCUGACAACGACCGACUUUUUAUAGGUCGAAUAAAGUUGAAGCUGUUUCUUUUUCUCUCCAUGCAUCCCUCUCUUCCUCUCUCCCUUUCUCUCCCUCCGGUUGACACUUGUCAUACGGUAUCUCUUUCGGUUUAAUGCGGAAUUGGAAUAUGGGUCGUGUAUGCGCGAAAACAACGAGACGCUUCGAAGUCAAUGUGCGCUUGCGUUUAUUCUGGUAAACGAGAACCGAAUGAUUUUGCCCGAAGGAAGAGAAAGGGAUAUGUGAUCCCGCGAUAUCGUGACAUUUCUGACAAUGAAAAAUCGAUUGACAAAAGGAAGCUGCGGACCUGUGAGUGAGGAAAAGUGCGAUAGUUCCGACACAUAUUGUACGUUUUCAGGUUCAGCGGUAGCGAUGAUCGGAGCUAAUCUGAGAUUCGGCAUCGGCGCUUCCGGGAAUGUCACGUCCAACGCCACCAAGGUGUUCCAGUGUCAUCCCGGCGGUGUGACCGAGGCCACCGUGAUAUUUAGCCUCGGUGCAUUGGGGAUGGGGGCGAAUAUCAUCCUCAUGACGUUGAUACUGGCGAAGCGACAGCUGCGCAGGUGGUCCCAGGGACUGUUAUUCCACCAAGCCAUGGUGGAUUGCGCGAGGGCUGCUAUAUUGUUGCCCCUAGGCUCCAGUAUAUUGAAUUGUCAGCCCGUUAACAAGUGCUCCCUGGUAGAGACCGCCUUUCUGUUACUGGUGACCGUUUCCACGGUAAAUAUGCUAACGACCGUGCUAAACGACAGCCCGGUAUUCCCAGAGAGCGAGGAGGAGGCCGAUCUGACCGCUCCCUUGCUGAUGGAUUCACCCCAGUGUGUGCUCUUUGGCACCUUCAUGAUCUGGUUUGCCAGCAUAACGAUCAAUCUGGGGCCGACAUUCCUUAGCGGUGCCUUAGCGGCAAACACGGAGAGCGGCCACAAUGCGCCUGGUUGUCCAUUAGUACAUGGCCCUUUUCGCCACUACAUACUCAAUGUUCUCUGGAUUGUCAUCAACAUCAUUUGCGUAGCACUCACGCUCUUUCAUUUGAGAAAAUUACAUAGAGAUCUGACAAAGGCUAACGUCGAAGCGGUGCGAGUAGCUGGUCUCGUCACAACGCUCGUUAAUGUAACGGGAGGACAUCAGGGUGCAACGAAUGCGCUUGCAACCGAGGAUGGUGAUACGAGAAAUGGUACGACACCAAAAAGAACGGGUGCCAUCGAGGAGCACCGGAAAAUGAGGAACUACCUCAGGAGGAUGGAACGUGAAGGUGUGCAGCGGGUGAAAAUGUUCCUGGUCAUAACAGCGGCGUACGUUAUAUUCUGGGGACCAUUGUUUUUCGUUACUCUGGUACACCAUCCCGUCAUAGGAAAUCCUACUGGCUAUGAGGUGACCCUGCACAUCGCGUACGUACACGCUUUCGUAAACCCGGUUCUGUUCCUCACCCUGCACCGGGGGCUGCGACAGGGGAUGUCAGACGUGUGUUGUGGCUGCUGCGAGAGCAUAGCACGGUGGAUCCUCGGAUCCGCCGCGACCAGCCCGAUGCAGAAUGUUCAGCUACCCCGAUACGAGGCGCCGAUGAACCUCCCCUCGCCGCCGGAUCCGCCCCUAGCGGCGCCGGCUGCACCGCCGGGAUGUAAUCUUACUGAUGUGGCGCUCUUAAAACCACCCCUGCCACCAACUGCCAAACACUUACUGAUGGAUGAUUCUAUCGUGAUACCACCCGAUCCUUGGAGUCUCACUUCAAGACCGAAGAGUACUUCUAGUCUUUACGAAGAAGAAUUCUCUAGGAGACCGAGCCUCCUGUUACCACCACCGGCGGAAUUAAACGAUCUGCAAAUGAGUCCGACGAGUAGUGACUUGCCUAGCGAAUAAACAACUUUAAUCAACAUCGAACCAAAAAGCACAAAGUUAAUCGAUUACUAUGUAAAAGUAAUUGUAAAAAAUGAAGAAAAAGAAAUAGAAUUUUCAGGAAAAAGUCCUCCCUAAUCCCAAAUCCUCUUCCGAAGCAUUACUCCAAUCAGAUGUUACACAUAUAUUGUCCAUAAGCCGAAAUCAAAUAAGUCGAAUACCCGCAAAUACCCUAACAUUUUUUAAUAAUGAGAAUUAAUAUAUUCAGUGAAAAUAUCACAACUACAAUUAUGUUUGGGAAUAUCCGUACAUUUUACAUUCAUAGAAUUUUUAAAGUAAAAAUAAAUAAAGAUUAAAUUUCAUAAACGGUCAA